AUGGAGGUAACGCUACUAACUUCAAGAAGGAAAGAAACCUUGAUGGCUUUAAAAGUAGUCACUAUUAUUAGAAUCGAUGGAGAAGCUUUUGAAACCUUCAUGGACUCAACACUCCGAGUAGCGGACAAAGCAAUUGUUGAUGCAAUUGAAGCUGCUACUACAAGUGUUGGCGGUGAACAGGGGACUCACUCAACAAAAACAAUAUCUGAGGUUAGUGGUACUGGAAAGAAGCCAUACAAGCAAAAGGGAACUGGGCGAGCAAGGCAUGGUACAUUGCGUGGGCCACAGUUCAGGGGUGGAGCUACCAUGCACGGACCUAAGCCUAGAAGUCAUGCAAUCAAGCUACAGAAAAAAGUUCGACGGUUGGGGUUGAAAGUUGCUUUGACAGCAAGAGCUGCAGAGGGGAAGCUUUUAGUUUUCGAGGAUUUAGCAGUCCCGAGCCAUAAAACAAAGAACAUUGUAAAUUAUGUUUCCCUGAUGGAGAAUACAAAAAAGGUUUUGUUGGUUGAUGGUGGCAUUAUUGACAACCAGUUGAAGCUGGCAACAAGGAAUCUGCAUUAUGUGAAUGUUCUUCCCUCAAUUGGUUUAAAUGUCUACAGCAUCCUUCAGCAUGACACACUUGUGAUGACAAGAGAUGCAGUUGACAAGAUUGUUACGCGUAUGCACACACCCAUCAAUCGAUGACAGAGAUGUUGAAGCCGUAUGGUUAGAAAACUGGAAUCGAGAAUUGGUUAAGAGGUAUUUAAUGUUAGAAAUUGAUGCACUCACUCGCACUAAUGAAAUAUUUGUUUGUGCUUGAUGAAUAAAUCAUUUUAGUGAAGUGUUAAGGCACUUAUUUAAUGAAUUUAUGUUAGAAAUUAAUGCAAAUAACAUGCCAAUUUCAAUGGAUUAAUGUUAAAUAUUUCUGCUUUUAGACUGA